CGUGGAUAGAGUCUUUGGCUUUAAGAAAUUUGGGAAAAAUGCUGAAAAUGAAGAUAACUUGUACAACCUUUGUGCUCCUCGUCCAAACGUUACGAUGUUUGGCUUCAGAUGAUUCACAAUUCCAACUAACUAACAGGGCCACUGGUUUUUGUCUGGGACAACGUUUUUUCUGCUUUGACAUCCGAUGGACGACCGGUGACCGACUUCUAGUUCAACACUGGGCAAUGAAAAAGUGCCUGGGAGUCCAGGGGAAAAGUGUGGGCAGUGAAAUAAGCCUCUACGAUUGUGACGAAAACAGUGAACUCCAAAAGUGGGAAUGCAAGAAUGAAACCGUGCUCGCUCUCAAAGGCCAAGAGCUGUACAUUGAGCUCACUGCAGAUAACACAGCUGUUCUCACCAAAACAAUAGGACCCAAUAACCAACUCACAAUUUCAGAGACGUCCAGUGGUGCUUGCACAAGAACUUACAGAGAAUUUUACACCAUUGGAGGAAAUGCAAAUGGUAGGACCUGCAUGUUUCCCUUCCUGUAUAAAGACCAGUGGUACUCAGAGUGCACUACGUUUGACUCCUCGGAAAAACGGCAGUGGUGUGCGGUUGAAACAAAAUAUGAGCAUGAACUCUGGGGCUACUGCCCAACUAACUCCAAAGAACAUUGGAACAAAGACACCACAACAGGAGCGUAUUACCAGCUCAACACACAAUCAGCUCUGACUUGGUUCCAGGCUGAGACCAGCUGUAAACAGCAGGGCGCCUCCCUGCUCAGUAUCACCGAUCCACACCAGCAGGCUUAUGUCACAGCACUACUAGCAACAGCGGGACAAGGUCACAAGCUUUGGACUGGACUUAACCUGGAUCCAGAACAUGGCUGGCAGUGGUCUAAUGGGAAGCCUUACCGUUAUCUGAACUGGGACUCAGGUCAUCCACUCCCUAAUCCAGGACACAACUGUGCAAUUGCUAAUGGUGCUCUACAGUACGCCUGGCAAAGUUCAACAUGCACAAAGAAACUGGGCUACAUCUGCUACAUUGACGGAGCUGUGGCCAAUCCUACUGAAGCUGUUGAGACAAGCUAUUGUUCAAGACCUUGGAUUCCGUACAAUGGCCACUGCUUCUACCUUAAUCAUACUCAGAAAACAUGGUCUGAUGCUCAGAAAGCGUGCCGCAAGGAAGGAGGCGACUUAGUCAGCAUCCGCAAUGUUGAGGACCAAAGCUUUGUCAUCUCUCAACUUGGAUAUGCAUCCACUGAUGAGCUUUGGAUUGGACUGAAUGACAGGAGGACAGAGGGACUAUUUGACUGGAGCGACCACUCUACUGUCAGCUUCACUAGCUGGGAAUUUGGGAAACCUACUGUCUUCACAGACCAAGAAGACUGUGUUCUCAUCAGUGGAGAGAAUGGAAACUGGGCUGACCGUGUGUGUGAGGAAAAGCAUGGUUUCAUUUGUAUGAAGAUGAGUGAAUCUGAACCUCCUGAAGAUGAAGUGGAGCAGAAUAUAGGCUGCAGAACUGGCUGGAAAAGACAUGGCUCCUACUGUUACUUCGUAGGGACAGAGGCAAAGACAUUUGAUGAGGCAAACAACGACUGCAAGAGCUCAGAUUCCUACUUGGCAGACAUUUCAACUGGGGUGGACAAUGCAUUUCUUGUCAGCUUGGUGGGAAUGAGACCAGAGAAAUAUUUUUGGCUAGGACUCUCAAACCAGAAAAAUAUUGAUCAAUUUGUGUGGACCAACACAGACUCGGUGAGGUUUACUCACUGGAAUGCUCAAAUGCCAGGUCACCAGCAGGGAUGUGUUGCCAUGACAACUGGGGUUUUUGCUGGCCUCUGGGAUGUGUUGCCCUGCACCAAUAAGGAGAAAUACAUUUGCAAACACCAGGCAGAGGGGGCAGUUUUAACCUCUGCACCACCAACUGUUCCCCCUCCGAAGUGUGCGGAUGGCUGGAUUCCGGUGUUAUCAGGAACAUACUGCUAUAAGCUGUUUUCAGAGUCAUCAUCAAACAAGAGGACCUGGUAUGAGGCCAGAGAUUACUGCAGGGCCAUCGGAGGGGACCUGCUCAGCAUCCACAGUGCUGAUGAGCUAAGACAGAGAGAACUAAUGUAUAGUUACAGAACAAUCUGGAUUGGACUUAGUGCCCCUGACCCAGUCACUGGUUAUGUAUGGAGCGAUGGAUCCCCAGUAAAUUUCCAACACUGGGGGGAUGGAGAGCCAAACAAUAAAAAUAAUGUGGAAUCUUGUGUCGAAUUGAACACAGGGUACUGGCACAGAUUUGCGUUUUGGAACGAUGUGCAGUGUGAGAAGUACAAUGACUGGUUUUGUCAGAUCCGUACAGGAAGGACUCCAAAGCCGCCUCCAGACCCUGUCACUCGUGACUAUAAUACGACCUCAGACGGCUGGGUGGAAUGGAAUGGGAAUCAGUAUUUUAUUAAUGAAAAGUCAAUGGCCAUGAUAGAUGCUCGCUACUUCUGCCAACAGAGGCACAGUGACUUGGUAACUAUCAACACUGAAGCAGAAAGUGUCUUUCUAUGGAAUCAGGUAUCUAGAAAGUAUGGGUCUUACUGGAUAGGCCUAACUGUAGAUCUUGAUGGAACAUUCGAGUGGAUGGAUGGUUCUCAAGUGGUGUUUGAAAGGUGGGAAGAAGGUCAGCCUGAUUUCAAGAAUUAUGAUGAGAACUGUGCUGCCAUGUCACGUUAUACUGGUUUUUGGCAUGAUUAUAAUUGUGGGUUUGAGCACAAGUCCAUUUGUAAACGUAGUGGUCCACCGCCUGCCAACACCACUGUAGCACCCACAGUGCCCCCUAAAGGUGGUUGCCGACCCACCUGGAAAAAAGUUAACUCCAAGUGUUAUAGCAUCAUUAAAAAACAGAAAUUAACAUGGGAUGAAGCAAGGAAUGAAUGCCAACGCAAGGGUGGAAACUUGGCCUCUAUUCCCUCAAGACAUGUGCAAGUGUUUUUGAUGACUCAAAUGGCUGACACACCUACUACAGACCUGUGGAUUGGUCUUCAUAGUCUCCAUAGCAAAAGCUUCUUCUGGACUGAUGGGCAACCAAACUCAUAUUUCAAUUUGGCUUUUCAUAGACGCGGCUAUCAUCAAUCCUACAGGCUUUCGGAUACCAGUUAUUUUCAAAGGCUAAAAGUAAUGUCUAAGGAAAAGGGUAAAUGUGUUGUGCUCAAUACUAGUCCUCCCUUUGGUAUUGGUAAAUGGAUACCUGUGUCCUGCAAUGACACUAAUGGAUUUGUCUGUCUUCAAAACCCUGACCCAUCUCUCCCAGACUCUGCUGAACCUACGGUUCCCACCGACUAUAACAAAAUAUUUAAUGACUCCAUUAAGGUUGUGACUCAGCCAAUGACCUGGGAUGAAGCCAAGAAGCACUGUGAAGAUGAUGGUGCCAACCUGGCUAGCCUGCGAAAUGAGUGGUCACAGAUCUACGUAGAGCUGAUGGCUUUGAAUCUCAAAGCUCCUCUGUGGAUUGGACUGAAAGAAAAGAAGACCAAUGGUUAUUUCAGCUUUAUUGAUGGCUGGCACGUAACAUUUACUCACUGGGGUAAAAAUGAACCAAGCAUGGACCGACCUUGUGUAUACGUAGAUGUGGAUGGAAAAUGGAAGACUGCUAACUGCAACCAGACUAUUAACAGCGUUUGUAUGAAGUCUACAGAUGUGCCACCAACAGAGUCAAGUGUUUUUCCUGGAGUUUGCCCUGACGACCCAAGCCAGAAUCUUUACUGGCUACCAUUUAAGGGUAAUUGUUACAUAUUUUUCGCGGUGGAAAAACAGUGGGGACAUGCAGCUACUAGCUGUGCAGGACAUGGUGCAUCGUUAGCCAGCAUUGAAGAUCUCUCUGAGCAAGAAUUCAUUCAAAGUAAUUUGGAAACAUUUAAAGACAGCUACUCCUCUUUCUGGAUCGGCCUGUUUAAAAAUCACAAAGGGGAUUGGUUGUGGUUGGACAAAACAGUCCUGGAGUACACUCACUGGCAAGAAGAUCAGCCUAAUCAUAACAUCUAUGGAGGAAUUAGCACUUCAGAUGGGAAAUGGAAGGCAGAACUGAAGUGGUAUGAUAGACCAUACAUCUGCAAAACACCCAAAGUAUUACCAGCAAAACCAACACCAUCAGCCAGAGCUGGGUUAGAACUUCAUCACCAUAGCCACAUAAUUUUGGCAGUUGUGGUGGUCAUGGCUGGGAUUGCCUUGGGGGCAGUGAUUGCCUUCUACCUCUUCAAGAAGUCUGGUCGUCAUCUACCUAUCCUUGACAGAUUAGCCAACUUUGACAACCCACUCUUCAUCAGCAAUCAGCAGUCCUCACCUGAUGUGGCUGACACCAGUUAGCUGGUAUGAAAGCAGCAGAAGGGCAUCCUGGGCUUGGUACAUAGAUUUCACAUUUAUAGUUCAAAUUUGCAUAUCCAAUAAUUUCAGUGUGUUCUGAAAUGGGAGAGGUUUGAUCAGAAUUUGUCACGAGUGGCUAAAUUGGUUAAAGCAAUUUAUUACUCCAGGAUGUAUAACUUGGGCUGAUAGUAAGGGUGUGCCUGAUUCAUCGAUUCAUAGAAU